AUGUCUGAAUCUUUUGAAGACCACUCACCAAAACCUUCCAAGCUUGUCAAAUCUGUGGGCGUGGUGACCCAACAGCCCACUUCAAGAAGUGAAAUGCAACAACCCUUCGAGUUCGAAUGGGAAACUCCUCAAACAGGAACGUAUGGAGCAAUGUUGGAUGCAUUUGGUUCGUGUCUUGGUAUUUUUGGUAUGAUCCCAUGCUGUUUCUGUAUCCCAAAUCCAUACCAGAGAAUUCAACAGGGUGAGGUUGGGCUCAUUACCAAAUUUGGUCAACUGUAUCGUUCUGCUGACCCCGGCCUGGUGAGCGUGAAUAUUUUGUCCGAGCACUUGUACCGUGCUGAUGUCAAGCAGAGAUUUACCGAAAUACCCCAACAACAGUGUAUGACCAGAGAUAACGUUUCCAUCACUCUGACAAGUGUUCUGUACUAUAACAUCACUGCACCACACACGGCCUUUUUUGCGGUUGAUGAUGUCACUAAGGCUUUGGUUGAGAGAACCAUGACUACUCUGAGACAUGUGGUUGGAUCGCGUAAUCUCCAGGACGUGAUUGAGCGUCGUGAGGAAAUUGCAGAAUCCAUUCAGGAGAUUAUUAUGGAAACUGCCACUGCCUGGGGUGUUCGUGUUGAGUCUAUACUUAUUAAGGACUUGAUUCUACCGACUACCGUUUCGCAAUCUUUGUCGAUGGCUGCUGAAUCUAAAAGAAUUGGAGAGUCCAAAAUCAUCACUGCCAGAGCUGAGGUUGAAAGUGCUAAACUCAUGCGUAAGGCUGCUGAUAUCCUGGCCUCCAAACCAGCUAUGCAAAUUCGUUAUUUGGAUGCAAUGCAAAGCAUGGCCAAGAACGCCCAUUCCAAGGUCAUUUUCAUGCCAUCUUCGGGCGAGAUCGACGUGGCUUCUGGCAACAUAGCGAAUCCUAACACAGCUCUGGAGAUAAUGGCUUUCAACGAAGCGAACGACCCUGAGGACCGUGAUGCUCGUAUGUUCCAACAAUCCAGCAGUGCUCAGUAG